AUGCCUUCUGGGUUUGGACUUCACGGACUCAAUCAACUCGAGGGAAAAGACGACAUCGAAGACCCCGUGGAUCUGCUCUCCCUAGCUGACUUCUCCAAGGUUAAGACUGAGGGCAUCAAAACACGUCACCACCACUUGGCCUAUGAAGGUGGAAGUAAUGCUUCGCCCACGCAAGAGGAGACACAGAAUUUCCCAUAUCACCCAUCUGCUACCGUGCCAUCCAAGGGUGCGAUUAAGAUUGGUACGCCGAUGAACAGCAGUCUAAAAUUCAGAAAACAAAUUCCGGGAGGACUACGGCCAGUAAACAAGCUUUACGGGAAUAACAACGGAAGUGGAUCGCGCAAGAGGAUGAAUCCUAAACCAUCUAUUGAAUUUCCCAAUGAUCAACACCACCCUAGGAAGCAACAAAAAAUGAUUUCAGCUGUAGAUCAAGCAUCCGAAGACAGUGAUGAAAUCAUGGAGGUAUCUCCCAUUGACGGAAAGAAAAAGGGCAUGCAACAGGAGGAACUGCGGGGUUUGCCACGGUCAAGAAACAUCUCAAAAUAUUGUCCAGAUGAUCAUGAUUUAUCAGAAGAAAUGGAGGUAGAUCCUAAGAAACCAGAAUUUGGAAAAAAAGGAUUGAUAGAACCAGAGCGCUUGCACAAUGAAAAGGAACUUAAAGGAGAUCAAGGAUUUGUAAACAGCAUUUUCCAGCUUCCAGAUGUGCUUAAAAAGGGGACAACUUCGUCGUCUAGAGGGCGCUGGAGCUCGCGAGGCGGGGAGAGCUCGCGAGGUGGGGAUAACAAAACCCCCUCCCACAUGAGAUGGACGGGGGCAACCUCCAAGAAAUCCGCCAAGCCUCCUCGAGAACAGUACAUAGGCCAGUGUAAAAACUUUCGCCUCCUUUGCCUUCAAGCAGGCUUAGAAUCCUAUUCCAAAGAGGAUUCACCCGAUUUAUCCAUCCAGAUCCGGAUAUUGCCUUACGCAGAGAUAGAAUGUUUCCGGGGAAAGAAAAUGGUCCGAAAAAUCGAUCUAACUGAUCAUGAUGCAAUAAAAAAAUUAUAUGUCAACACGCCCAUUCGAAAAUUUGCAAUUCAAAUUGCGCAGAGAGUAACGAGUGAAGCAGAUCGGACAGUGAUUUUUGUCUUAGAAGACAUAGAGGAUAUUGAAGAUUGCAAAUCCGCCUUUAGGAGUGUUAGAGUCAUGCCUUUGGAGGCAGAGGGAAAAACACUCGACAAUAUGUCUAAUAAGCUCAAGGAUUGGGAAGACCGCCGCCAGGCGAAUGCUUCUGAACCACAGGAGACUGAAUUGAAAUUCCGAGCGCCCUCUACGGAGGAAUCCGAAUCUUCUCCGAUAGAAACGCAGUCACUGAAACCAAAGUUGGAACUGCCCAAGCCACCAUGGGAAACUCCACUUGUAUACCCCCCUAACGGCCCUAGAAAAGAGGUCAUUGAUUACGAUGAUUUAAAGAGACUUAACAGUAAUUCAUAUUUGAAUGACAAUAUUAUCAAUUUCUAUUUAAAGUAUAUAGAGGUUCAACUUGGCCACAAGAAUCCUGAAGUAGCAAAGGAAACGUAUUUCCUAAACACGUUUUUUUACGAACGAUUGACCAAAAGAGAUGACAAGAAGAAACGGGACAUUGAUUCAGUUCUCAAAUGGACUGCAAAAGUAGACAUAUUCAAAACCAGUUAUAUUAUCAUCCCAAUAAACGAAUCGACGCACUGGUAUUUAGCCAUUAUUUGCAACCUUUGCAACAUUGGACGAAAAAUAAGCGACAAGGCUUCAGACUCACCUCGUGGAGGUGAUUCAAUCGACUUAGAAUCUAGUGAAACAUUAAUCGAAUCUAAAAGUGAUGGCCCAGAUGUAUUUCCAACAAACACUUUGGAUACUAGUGGUGUUGCAGAAUCACUCGUGUCAAUAGCACGUGAUGAUGAUGAUGAUGAUGAUGAUGAUCUAGAGAUCGUGGCAACACAGGAUAAUCUCGAACAUAUGGCCCUCGAUGUGGAGUCACCCAUGGAGAACGAAGGAACGGCCAAUACUAAUGACACAGAAAUCAUCGACGUAGAUUCUUCAAUCCAGAGAUCCAAAUUCAAAGGCAGGAGCAAGCUGAGGGCUAAGACCAAGUCACCGCCGAAGAAAAUAAAAAGCGCCAUACCGCCUGAUACGCCAUCUAUAGUCAUACUCGAUUCUAUGGGAUUUGGCCCAAGAGCACAUAACGGAACGAUCAGAAAUCUUCGAGAGUGGUUAGUGGCUGAAGCACAGAUAAAGCGAAACUUAAGGAUUGAUACCAGUGACAUUCAUGCUACCUUUGGCAAGGUGCCCAAUCAGACCAACUGGUACGACUGUGGGUUAUUUCUACUACACUACGUCGAGUUAUUUUUCGAGCAACCAAUUAAAUUCACCACCUUAUUUCUCGCAAAAGCGGAUCGCGUGUCUGAUCCAGCGUUUUGGCGCAAGGAAGAAAUUAAGCGGAUGCGUGAGAAGCUUUUCCAUCUUUUCGUUCAAUUACAUAACGAACAAGAGGCAGUGUUGUCGAAACAGAAUGUCUCUCGCCAAGAGUUGAAUGAAAAUGGGAGUUCAAACCAAACUAUGGCGGAGGGAAGCAAACCUUCUCCAGAUCUGAUGAAGGGUGUGGAGGACUCGGUACAGGAUAAAGACAUGCAAGACACGCAUACAGGCUCCGAAUCCAUAACUGCGGGCCAAGAAUCUGGGUUCGAAAGGUUCAAAGGUGAGCUAGGGGAUCUUUUUGUAUCCGAAAGGAAUCGGGGUGAGCGCAACAUUAUGGUACGGGUUGCCGAUAAGGUUGUAUUUCAGCCAAAAAAUCUGGAGGAGACACCCAACAGCACCCCACAAUCUAAUAGGAGAAUAACCCUACCAUUUCGAAACGGUCACGACGGUGAAGGUGUGGCCACAUAG